CCCGGCGUGAAUCGCGCGCGAGUCAGUCCCACGUCCCGCGUCUCGCCCGCCACCGCUGCGCACCGCUCAGAGUAAUGGAGGAAGAAGAGGAGGACGUUACAGUGCAGUCGCGAGCGAGGCAAGAGAUCAUCAGUGCUUCGAGCCGCUCGACUUCCAGCACAGAGAGGGGGGAGACAGAUGCAGCAACACUGACAUCAACCAUCAGCGUGCAGUCGUCUAGCCAGGCCAGCAUUAGACAGCACGGCGUGAUUAUAACUCAGCAGCAACCCUCCGAUGACGAUUCCGAUACAGUAGGGAACGCUAGCGACGGCGACGAAGGCGCCGCCGCACUGCCGGAAUUCGAACCCGACACCGACGUCGCUUCCUUCUUGGGGGCGCGUCAGUCUCGCACCACAUCCACCAAAAGCUCGCUAUACUCCUCGAAAUCGACCGAAAAUGUGGUGUCGUGGAAGACAUCCACUCAGCUGACGUCGUCAUCCAAAUCCUUCCUGAUGUCUCACGCUAAAUCCGAAGAAACUAGUCCGAACGCCUCACCGACGAGGGCUCCAGGGGGCGCUUACAAGCCGGGCGGCGGCACCAUCUACAGCGCCCGCUCGACCGAGAACGUGGCCAGCUGGAAGGAGACGCAGCAGUUGGCCGUCCGCUCCAGCUCGUCCAAGGGGUCCUCCCUGUCGUCACAGGAGGAAGCGUCGCCGCCGCGCAGCCUGACGCAGGCGCACUCGGUCGAGACUUCGAGCGUCGGCCAGGAGGGCCGCCAAUGGCUGUCGGCGGCGGCGAGCCGCGCGGAAUUGGCGCGCUCCAUGGAGAGCCUGCGCACCGCCGUCACCCAGCAGCAGUCCGGCAAGCUGCAGGCGCACCACCACCACCGCCAGAGCUUCCUCACGUCUUCGGAGCGGGACAUGAGGCGCGUCGUCGCCACGUCGGUGGAGGCGCGCUCGCUCGAGUCCCUGGAGCGCGAGAUCCGACUGAAGCGGCGCGCCGUGUCGGGGGAGGAGCCACCGUCGGCGUCGGCGUCGGCGUCUGGGGGCGAGGAGCCGCUGUCGGCGGAGCGGCGGCGCGGUCUGUACGCGGUGGGCGGCGAGCGGCGCGCAGCCGUGCCUUCGCACCUCUCUCUGCUCACCACCCCAGUACCGCAGGACCGUCGCCUCACCAUUCUGUCGCCGCACUCACCCAUGGCGCCCCCGGACCUGCUGCAGCUCGCCUCGCUCAAGAACCGCCGCAAGAAGGCCGUCGUGCUGCCCAAGCUUAUUCUACCGCGCAGCGAGAGCGACGUCUUCAUGGAGUGA